AUGGCCCCGAAGAAGCUCCCUACAUUCGACGAAUUGCCUUUGGACAAGAAUGGCCCUCCAGGUAAUGCAUGGGGUCUCUGGGGAUCGGACGAUCAACUUGGUAGGCUCAAUUUACUUACACCAGAGACCGUACGCGCUGCCGCAAGCGAGAUAAGAGAAGGCAUCAGAAUAUCUUUGGACUGGCCACUUGACAAGCUUUCACAUCCCCCUUUCGGGAGACAAGCUCUUGAGCACCGGAUACUCAACAAAGCUCCCAUGACGAUGAACGACGAUGUAAUCACGUUGAAUACGCAGAGCAGUACACAGUGGGACGGGUUCAGGCACUAUGGGUACCAAAGGACUGGACAAUUCUACAUGGGUCACAAACAGGAGGAAUUUGUGCCAGGAUCGCAACAUCUUGGGAUCGAUGCUUAUGCCAACAACGGCGGCAUCAUCGGCCGUGGUGUUCUCAUAGACUGGUACUCCUGGUCCCAGCGCAGCAACAUCUCCCUCUCCCCAUUUCAAACCAACGCCGUAGAAAUGUCUCACAUCCGCGCUAUCAUCGCCGAAGAGAACAUUGAGUUCUGCCAAGGCGACAUCCUCUUUAUCCGCGUUGGUUUCACGGCACACUACAACGCGCUCUCCCCCGAAGCACAGGAGAACUUUCCCUAUCGCCAGCCCGGAGGUCUUUUGGGCCUUGAAGCUACUAAAGAGUCCCUGAGAUGGCUAUGGGAUAGCGGCUUCUCAGCUAUAGCUUCGGACGCGGCUGGCUUUGAAAGAGGUCCUGCGACGGGAGCGUAUAAUCAUCCUGACUCCAUCCCAGUUGCAGAUUGGGACGUUGAAUUCCAUGACGAUGUAAACAUUGGGUUGGCUGCCACACUGCUGCUGCGGAUUAGUGAUGAUCAAACCAUUGCAAUCCACAAUGUCUACAAUCAGCAGAAGAAUGUCAAGAUCCCGGAUCUUCUGCAGAGGGUCACUGCAACUGGUGAAGACUUUCUUGUCGGCGAUUUCAACCUUCACCAUCCGACAUGGAGUGGCGACAACGUAACCAAGAUCGAGCCCCAAGCCAUCGAGCUCGCCAACGGCCUUGACAAGGCUGGCAUGGAGCUCUUGGCCCCCCGUGGUUUUCGCACCUACGCCAGAGGAAAACAUCGAACUGGCGAAUACAGCUCUACCAUUGACCUUACCUACGCCAGCCCGUCUCUUAUCCCGUUUGUCCGCAAAUGGCAGUCGCCAGACGUACCAGGCUUCGAUUCCGAUCACCGUGUCAUCAUGACCACAUUGAACCUCGAGGUCAACCGAGUUCCCAGCACCUACUACAUCUGGAAGCGCGCAGACCCCGACAAGUUCCGUGCGUGUGUUGGUGAGUCACUGAAACCCAUUGGGUUUUCGGCACUUACAACCCCCGCCAUGGUCGACAACUACGCCCGUAAGGUCGUUCAGGCAUUCAGUCCGGCAAUUGAGACGCUGGUACCUCUGGCGGCCCCGCCAGGGUCGAAGCGACCCAAGUCCCGGCCCAGCCUUGUCACUCAGCGAGCCCAGAAUCUUCUGAGACUUUCAGACGAGAAAGAGCGCCACGCUGGCGUCUACACGGAGAUUCAGCAGCAUUACAAGGUCAAAGGCUUUGCUCAAAAUGUCAUUCGCAAAAAGCGCUCCGCUUCCUUCCAUCGCAUGCUCUCCCAAGACAUCGCGAAACGCAGAAGACUCUACUUUUGGGCCCGAAGGGGAGCGAGCUGGAACAAGAAGGCUCUCAUGCCCAUCCGACAGCUCAAGGCCAACAAUGUUACCCAUCGUACGCCUGAUGGCAUGGCUGGCUGCUUCAGACAGGCUAUGUGGCCAGACGGGACCAGUAACGAACAGCAAGUGCCCCCGGACCGACCACCACCCGACGACUCCGACAAAGUUCCUUUCGUUGUUUCACAGGACUUGGAAAAGUCCGAGGUCAAGAGUCUGAUCACUGGUGCGCCUAGUGGUAAGGCAGCAGGGCCAGACCUGUUGGCCUACGAGGGUAUGAAAUUGGCCCACGAGGAGCUUUUGCCUUACCUUCACCACCUGUUUGCAGCCUGCCUCAAGCUCGGCAAGGAUGACUACGAGCAGCCCAAGAGCUGGCGACCGGUCGCUUUGCUUCCCUGUAUGGGAAAACUUCUCGAGAAGAUCUUCACCCAUCGGCUCAAACAGCUUGCUGUCGAGCACAACCUCCUCCCCGAUGUACAGUUUGGCACUCCCGGCAAGUGCACCACCGAAGCCUUGCAAUACCUGCUCAACAACGUCUACUACGCCUGGACCGACAAGAUCCGGCGACUGGCUACUAUCAUGGGACUUGACAUCACGGGCGCGUACGACAGGGUCGACCGGGUCAAGCUCAUGAGGAUUCUGCAGGAGACUGGCCUACCGGAAUGGAUGCUCAGUUUCAUCUGGUCCUUUCUUACCGAUCGCAUCACCGACAUGAGGCUCCCGGGCUUCACCUCAUCCAGCUUCUGGGUCAACAUGGGCAUUCCUCAGGGCAGUCCCUUGUCUCCCAUCCUCUUCCUUUUCUUCUCCAUGCCCAUUGUUGGUGCCGCCUCCGAGUACACUAACUCCAAGGUCAAGAUCUACCCCUUCGCCUACGUCGACGAUACCUACCUACUUGCCGUGUCCGAUGAUUUCGAAGACAACUGCAAGGCGCUGAAGGAAUGCCAUGACAGGAUCAUGGUAUGGGCCGAUUCGGUCGGCGUAUCUUUCUCGCCUCACAAAUACCACGUCAUGCACUUCUAUCCUCCUCGUGGCCAAGUUAAGGCUUGUACCCUGAUGCCGAAGAUCCCCGGACUUGAGGGAAACAAGCCCGAAGCUUCAAUAAGAAUUCUGGGUGUUGAGGUCGACAACAAGCUCAAUUGGCAAGCACACGCUUUAGGGCUGGGUGCAAAGGUCAACGCUAAGAUGAACGACAUCGCUCGAAUCUGUAAUACAACUGCAGGCCCCGACAUGAUAGCCUUGAGGCAGCUCUACAUCACCAUCGUUCGACCGAUCAUAUCACACGGCUGCGGCGCUUGGUUCAUAUAUGGGGAGGACAAGGUCAAGUAUCAGAUCACGAGGGAACUCGGACGCUAUCUGGGUAGGAUUCAAAACCAAUGCCUGAGGAUAGUCACUGGAGCACUCGCUCGUACCAAAGGGCGAGCAGUCAACAAGGAGGUAUACGUUGAAGACAUCCUCGUGUACCUGGAUAGGGUCGCGACAGUGCAGAGGGCGCGCGCUCUAGACACUCCAGACCACGAAAGGCUUCGCAGAAUCCGACAGCAGGGCAGGACCCCAGCCGAGUUUGACCUCCAUCCAUACCACGCGCUGGACCACGCAGCCAGAUACCUUUUGGAGAGAGCUAACGAGUCGUGUAGGGACAGAUCACCCAACAAUGUGAGGAAGGCGAUGGUCAAGAUUGCCAAGCAGGACUCGCACGAGAUGUCAUGCAAGAUCUGGAACCGGCACGUCGAAGAACGCAAUAAUGAGCUUUCACGAUUUCGCAGCGCAGCCGAUAUGGAUAAGGCUGGAUGGGGACCUCACAACCUCAAGCGCUACCGCGGCCUGUCUCGAGCACAAAGCACGAUGCUGAUACAGUGCCGAACCGGUUACAUCGCCCUCAACAAGUACUUGCACUGGAUUAAUGCCUACGAGAGUCCGGUUUGUGAUUGCGGAGCCGCCGACGAGACCGUCUUCCACGCGUUCAUCCAGUGCGAGAUGCUAGCGACAGCCCGAAUAGAGCUGUACACUGCACUCGGACACCAAGACUUCUACCGGAUGCUAUCCGAGAAGCCCGAGAUCGCUGCCGACUGGGCGAUAACGCAUUUCGAAAUCCCCCAGUUCGAGUGCGCCAAGCAGGACUCCCGAUUCAAUUCGGUUGAGUCAUCUGCCUCUGCCUCUGCCUCUGCCUCCCAGCCACCCAACGUACUUGAUGAACUCAGGGCGUGGAUUUACGGGAGAGCGAGAUGA